CGGUGACAGAUGAUGCAAAUCCUCGCGGAGCGCGGAAUCCAUCGGGGCGGCGGGAGAGGAACGCGGCUCAUCUCCGAACCAGCCCCCGCCGCGGCGUCCUCGCCGAGCAUCCCCCCUCGGCCGGAAUGACAUCAGGGCAGCUCCGAGUCCCUGCAAGCCUGCGGGCUGAGUAGCGGCGGGAUCGGCCGCUGCUGCCAAGCGCAGCCCCGUGAAGCCGCCGCGCUGCUGCCGGAGGUCCGCGGGAGCCGGAGCCUGACUCCGGCACUCGGAGCGCGGCGCCGGCGCCAGGACCGCGAGCAGCGGCUCCUGGGCUGAUCCCAGAGUUCUCGCAGCCUUUCUGCCGGAGCCCAGCGUCAUCCCCGUGCCCAGGAAGGAAGCUGCAUUUGGAACGCUGUGCUGAGCAGAGGUUUGAAUCGUUCCAGCUGGCUGCUCGCUCUGAAAGGACAGGCUGGGUACAAAUGAGAUGUGACUGCGCCGGUGGAGUUCAGUGACUGGGGCCGGAGCAAGAGGAGCCUCCCUGGGAUGUUGCUGAGAGCUGCUGGCAGCUGAGAACUCUGCCUGGUUCACCUGGAGCCCUGUGAAGAGCUUUAAAUAGCAGGAGUCUCUUUGCUGCACACCAGGAAAGAAAUUCUUCUCUAGAUAAUGUUAAGAGUCCUCUUCAUUGAUUAUUGGCAGCUGCUGCUCUGUGAGAAAACCUCUUCCAAUUUGUCUUUCCCAAUCCUUUGACUUCCCGCUCUGACAGCCUUACAGCCUCCCCAAACGCCUCAUAAAUGCACUGCAAUGGUCACAUGAACACCUCGGAAAGGGAACUUCUGCAACUCCUCAUUCCCAUGGCACAUUAGGAGGAGCACCUGGAAGAGUGCUAAGUCCAGCAGGAACUGGAAGCCCUGCCAAAGAUGAAUCUCAUCUGGAAGCUCCACAGAAGCUUCCGAAUGCUGGUCAUUCUCCUGGCCACCUUCUGCUUGGCAAGUAUUGUCAUCUCCGCCUAUUUCCUCUACACUGGCUACAAGCAGGAAAUGGCCCUCGUGGAAACCACUGGGCAAGCAGAGUGCGAGGACCUCAAACUUCUGCCCUACAGGUCUGUGGAGCUGAGAACACCUAAGCCAAUUGAUCCCUCUAGGACUGAUCCCACUGUGCUCCUGUUCAUGGAAAGCCAGUACUCCCAGCUGGGGCAAGACAUCGUAGCCAUCCUCGAGUCCAGCAAGUUUCAGUACCACAUGGUCAUUGCACCAGCCAAGGGGGACAUUCCCCCUCUCACAGACAACGGGAGAGGGAAGUACACCAUCGUUAUAUACGAGAAUAUUUUAAAGUAUGUGUCCAUGGACUCGUGGAAUAGAGAGCUUCUGGAAAAAUACUGUAUGGAAUACAGUGCUAGCAUAAUUGGUUUUCAUAAAGCCAACGAGAACAGCUCCCCCAGCAGCAGGCUGAAAGGGCUGCCCUUGCAGCUGUACAACAACGUGGCCCUGCGAGACUGCGUGGUGAACCCUCGCUCACCCCUGCUGCGCAUCACCAAAGUGCCCAGGCUGGAGCAGGGCCCCCUGCCCGGCCAGGACUGGACGGUGUUCCAGUUCAACCACUCCACCUACCAGCCCGUGCUGCUGGGCGAGCUGCAGCCUGCCAGGCCCACCCCGGCCUCGCUGCCCCGCGCUGCUCUCCAUGCAACCGUCAUCCAGGACCUGGGCCUGCACGACGGCAUCCAGAGAGUCCUCUUUGGGAACAACCUGACCUUCUGGCUCCACAAGCUCAUCUUCAUCGACGCCAUCUCCUUCCUGUCGGGGAAGAAGCUGACGCUCUCCUUGGAGAGGUACAUUCUGGUGGAUAUCGACGACAUCUUCGUGGGGAAGGAGGGGACGAGGAUGAACAUCAACGAUGUGAAGGCUUUACUAGAGACUCAAAAUUUACUGCGCACUCAGGUUGCAAAUUUUACCUUCAACCUUGGAUUUUCAGGAAAAUUUUACCACACAGAUUGCCCAUGUGUCAUCAGAAGCCAUUUCAGCAAAGAAUUGUUCCAUGAAAAACGAAUGUGCCACACAAUCAAGCUCAAAAGAAAUUGUGAAAUCAGCAGAUUAUUUGUGAGAUGAUGAACAGCUCUGGAGCUUCCUGCAAGCCAGGCUCCCCAGACUGCACCAUCUCAGCAGCUGCUGCUGCCAGAUCCGCUUCCUGGAUCCAUUAGAACAUGACCAUGGCACGAUGAUUGGGUUCCUGCAGGAUAACCUCCCUCUGAUUUAGUGAGUCAGGCUGGCAGCUCACAUGUUCAGCUUCCUAUAUUAGCUGAGGUGCAAUUAUGCAACAGAUAAAGUCCCCUUUAAUGCAAAUGUCAUCUCUUUAUGAUGCUAUAUGUGUGUUCAUUAGAACUCUUGGUGUCUGUAAUAUUUUAUGAGUGUUAUAUUUCCAGGUUCUCAAUGAGAAGUGAUAAAGUCAUAAAAACUCUGGUAUUUGAUUCCUUCUUCUCACCUUUCAUCUUCUAUUUACAUGAGGUUGCACUAAUGCCAUCAAUUAUCCAAGUAUCAUUUGGUUUUGGGAAGAUGUACUUUUCCUACUUAGUGUUUAGAUAAGAGAAAUGCUCUGAACUGUAUCAUUUCAAUUCUUUACAGCAUGCGUGCAAAGAGAGAGAGGUUAUUGCUAAAUUUUAGGACAGUCCUGAUUUUAUUUAUGACUUCAGUACUGCUUUCCAUUGUCAUUUUUAUUGAUAACAACUUGCUAUCUUUGACAGGAAUUCUCAAGGUCCUUUGUGAACUCUUCCUUGCUAUGGUCUCUUGGACAAAUUAAAAAACUCAAACCUCUCAAUGCUUUACAAACAAAGCUACUAAUUAAAGUCUCAUACAAGCUUGGAAAGGAGCUUAUUUCAACUAAACCACUGGGAAUAUAAGCACUGGACAAAACAUAAGGAGGCUGUGCUUUUUCAGUUGCAGAAAUUUCCUUCCCAGUGGCGCCCUGCUGUGAUGCACGGUCACCUGGGCCAGCGCAGAGCUUUGACUACAGACCAGC